AUGGACUAUGUGCCCGACCCGCCUGUCGGCACCCUCGAUGUUCAGGCCUAUCCCGAUGGACGGUCGACGAACGAGAUAUCGGUACAUCCUCUCAAGAAGGAGCGGAGACUCUUCUGGCUCGAGAUCGCGAUGCGCCAUGCUCGCGAUCGACUACGAACGUUCCCCUGCACGUUUUCUGACACGCUCAUCCAAGUCCGGGCGACCCGGCGUUAUUGGCUCAUGGCACGGACUUUCCUCGACUAUCACGAUGCGUAUCUACCCCUUCAAGACACCUAUACCCGGAACACGCACACUACGUUGAUGGGGGCUUUCUCCAGCGAUCCCGGGUACAUGCGAUCCGACACAUCCAUCCUUCCGACCAUUAACAUCCACGCUGUGGUCGAGCUCACACCACCGCCGGUCAAUCUCGUAGUAGACCAUCCAGUCGAAUAUGCCCUGUACCACGGUAUCGCUGGCCCCAACCACCUCCACGCUACGGCCCGCGGUGGUCACACGUACGAAGACGUUUCCCGUGCGCCCCUCCUUGCGGUGAACGCCCAUUCGGGGUAUUCUCCUCCGGAAACCCAACGGGCCUACAAAAAAGGCACCGUGAACCUGGGCCCCUCGUCCGACCUCCUCAGUGCUUGGGGCUCUAAAACCGGCCCCACGCGAACUACCAAAAUGAAGGCUGGGAAGCGAAUGGGAAGCCCACAAGCUCCACGACGUGCCUGGGGGUACUGGAUACCCGAGCCCGCGAUGCUGCUGCGCGCCACGACGGAGGAGAGAAGGGGAGAGCACCUCAUCAACUGGCUUCGAUCCGUCCCUCGUGGCUCUACUUCCUCCGAGCCCCCCAUCCUCCGCAUCCUCCAUCCCAACGACCUGAUGGCGGAACAUCCUGUUUGGGUCAACUGGGCGUCUAAGCCCGACUGA